AUGGCUUCCGCAGCGAGAUCCCUGCGGCUGUGUUACCGCAGCUGCAGGCAUCACCAGCCAGCCAUCCGGGACUUGGCCCCUCGCCAAUUCCUCGCCAGUCGAGCUCUCUCUACGACCCCGGCGCGCCGGGCUGACGAUCAAAGCGACAAGGCUGCCGACGCGGCCUCAUCGUUCGACAAAUAUGUCGAGGACUUUGAGGUCAUGGAUAAGAAGAAGUAUGGGAACUUUGAGCAGUCGCUGCUCGAGGUCAUGACGCCCGAGGAGCGCGCAGUGUACGACAAGUCUGGCCUGGCAGGCGGCAAGGAGGCCGACGCGCUCAAUCGCAUGCUGAACGACGCCAAGUCCGAGAUGGGCGAGAUCAGGAGACCCAUCAUGAGGAAGAAGAACAGCUUCUGGCAUGAGGAGGAGCCUGAUCUGGAGCUGAUCUCCGAUGAGCUGCACGAGGACGACUUCGAGGAGGAUGACAUCACGAGCAUGGCGCACGGCAAGUUGGACGAGAUCCGGGAGCACAGACAAUACGCGCGGAUAACCGCAUGGGAGAUGCCCCUGCUUGCUCAGUAUGCCAAGCCCUUCGAACCUCCUACCAAGGACAUGCCCCUUCGAUUCCGCUACACCUCCUACCUGGGCGAAUUCCACCCCGCUGAAAAGAAGGUCGUUGUCGAGUUCUGCCCGACCGACCUCGGGCUCACUGAGGAGCAGCAGUUGAAGCUCGUCAAGCUGGCUGGGCCGAGGUACAACCCGGAGAAGGAGAUUGUGCGCAUGAGCUGCGAGAUGUUUGAGCAGCAGGCGCAGAACAAGCGAUACCUGGGCGACCUCGUCGGAAAGCUGAUUGCGGCGGCUAAGGACCCCAAGGAUACUUUCGCAGACAUCCCGCUUGACACCAGGCACCACCAGUUUAAGAACAAGCCCAAGUUCCCCAAGGAAUGGCGCAUGACCGAGGAGCGGAAGAAGGAGCUCCAGGCGAUCAGGGCACAGGGCUUCCUGGCAGAUCAGAAGAAGGAGGCCGAGGGAGGGCUGAUCGAUGGCGUGCAGCGCAUUCAGGAGGUCCUAGCUGCGCAGAUAGCUGCCCCGGCCCUUCGAUUCCGUGACAAGGUCGCUGAGCUAGUUGCUGCACCGCGGACAGCCGCCAAGGGUAAACCUAUCAGGAGGUAG